AAAAUGUAGAAUGACAGAGGAGAAAACGGCUGCAUGGGACCACCUUGUACUCCAAUCUAGCUCCAACCCAUAUCACUUCACCAAUCAACCCAUUCCCUCUUCCCAUCUUCCUCAUUUAUGCCGAUUGAGCAACCCUUUUGUCCUGUUCAAAAACCAAAAAAAAAAAGCACCAUAAGUCCCUUUUCUCCUUCACUAGCUAGGGUUGUUCUUUUUGUCCACUCACUUUCUCUCCCACUAAAGCAAACCCCAUUUUUUGUUAAUCUUAGCUCAUGAUGAAGAACAAGCUCAGUUGCUCUGUGUUGCACUUUUUCACUUGCCUCCUGUUGCCAGCUCUUGUUUUCUCACACCACACCCAUGGAAACCCUGCCAAUGAUAUUGUUGACAUCAUAAACAAGAACCGAACAGAUCAAAAGCUUCCACACUUGAAUGACAGCCCUGGUCUAGGGUGCAUGGCCUUACAAUAUGUUGAAUUAUGCAAAGGGAACUGCACUGAUAAUAAUGUUGUGAACUGCAAGCCUCCUGAAGACGACUUCACCGAAGUUUUCGCUCCCAAUUGCGGCGUCGAGCUACCCACGUUCGGCACCAUAACUGGACACAUUGUUGGUUGUCAAAAGAAGUACCUUGAGCCACCAUUAGCAUUCUCCGAAGUUCUCAUCAAGGAUAAGAAAUCUCUGUCUCUUCUGACAAACAAAUCACACACUGAGGUUGGAGUAGGCUUGGUUGGACUCCAUAACAAAGGGCCUUUCUUUUGGUGUGUUUUGUUUAGCAAUGGGAAUACCAACUCUUCAUUCGUGCUUGAAAAUCGCGGUGCAGGGAUCCAUCAGAAAAAGGGGUGUUAUAGCGGGAGCAAUACUACUUGCAGUGGAGGCCAGAAAAGUAGUGGUGUUGCAUAUUGUAACGUGUUUUUCAUUUGUUAUGUAUUCAUUUUACUGUUUAAACUUCUCUGAUGAAUUUACAAUAGUGCAGGAUCUUCACGUGACAAUUUUUGGAUUCAUUUUCUGUAUGCCUUGUUCAUUUUAAAUGUUUUUUAGCUAA